UUCAGAAUCAAAACUUUAGCCCCUACCUUUUUAGGUCCAAUUAGGGUUUUUCUCAUUUUUUUUAAUUGAAUUUCCAUUACUCUGAAGCUCACAGCCUUCAGUUCUGAGCUACAAUCAAGCCCAUUAACUUCGCCAUCUACCUCUAUUUUCCGAUUCUUUAAUCGGAAUCUGUUUUUACGGCCCGGUUCACUUCGGAUCUGUUAAUUGAGUUGUUUUCUAGGAGAAGUUCAGUGAGGGUUUUUCCUAAGAAGCAGCUGUUAUAGAAACUUGACAUGGAUCUUAAACAUAUUUGUUCCUAUGCUAAUUUUAAUAACAGUCACUAUUCUUCAUAUGCAUAGUAGACUGUGAUCACAUAAACCUUGUAGAAGUUGUAGUUUUCCUUUUCUUCGUAACUCGUACAAAAUAUUUCAGUCGUUUCGGUAAGUAAUUAAAAUUAAACACCUGGGAACCUCUUUCCUGAAACAACCCACAGAUAAAUUGAUCUGGUAACUAUGAUUAUAAAAUUCGUAAAUAAGUUAUUAUUUGUUACGAGCUUAAUUUUUAAAUGAUUUAUUGCAUUAAUUGUCAUUAAUGUAUUGUAAUUUUUUUGCAUAAAGUUGGAUUUUUUAUUAAAUUCAAUUUUAUAAUUUUAAAUUUUUAUAACUACGUUUUUACUAUUUCUACGUGUCUCCCACAUUCCCGUUUAUUAUAAUUUGAAAGAAGCCUGUUUGCGGAAUCCGUUUCUGUUUUGGUUUCCGUGCACAUAGAUUAUAGAAAGUGCUAUUGCUGUGUCCUUGGAGACCAUGUGGUCAAAGUCUAGAACAAUAUGCAUUUAGCAUAACACUAUGAGAGUUUGUUGUACUAUAAACUUUUUAUUCAGCUAUUAUGCUUCUUUCAGUCUAAUAUUUCUGCAUUUGGGUUAUUAACAAAGGCUAACCCUACUCUUCUAUGUACUUGUAGCACUUAGGCUGGUGUGCAUAGUAGAAGACAAGGUGAAGGUUUUCUUUUGCGCUGCUGUUAAGAUAUCUAUUUCAUAUCAUUCCUUUGCUUAAGUUUAUUAUGACGUCCAUGGAUAUAGACUCUCCUGCAACUCCUAGUAUGGCCAUUACUCCCGUAUUUCCUACUAAUAACAAUGAAGAACCCAUUUCUGAGGAGCAGCCAAACAAACGUAGGAGAAAGAAGUCAAUUGUCUGGGAUCAUUUCACAAUUGAAACUGUUGAUGCUGGUUGUAUGAGGGCAUGCUGCAAACAGUGCAAAAAAUCAUUUGCUUAUAUAACUGGUAAAAAGUUAGCCGGGACCAGUCACCUCAAGCGACAUAUUGCUUUGGGAAUCUGCCCAGUCAGCCGUCAGAACAACGAAGCAUUGCAGCAAUCCACACCAGGUGCAAAAACUGAUCCUCCGAAAAGACGUUACCGUACAAGUCCAGUAUUUGGAGGCAUCCCCUUUGAUCAGGACCGUUGCAACCAGGAGGUAGCUAAGAUGAUUAUACAGCAUGACUAUCCAUUGCAUAUUGUGGAACAUCCUGCUUUCAUUGAUUUUGUCCGGUCGCUUCAGCCCCAGUACAACAUGGUGAGUUUCAACACUAUUCAAGGAGAAUGUGUGUCAGUGUACCUGAGGGAAAAGCAAAGCCUUUCGAACCUAGUUAAUGAGAUUCCUGGACGAGUCAGCCUUACAUUAGACUUGGGGACUUCAAACCUUAAUAUUGGCUAUGCUUUUAUAACAGGGCACUUCAUUGACAAUGACUGGAAUAUACAGCGCCGAGUCCUUAAUGUUGUGAUGUUACCAUUUCCAGAUUCUGAUUAUGCCUUGAACCAAGCUGUUGUAUCUUGUCUAUCUGAUUGGCAUUUGGAGAACAAGCUGUUUACCCUUACGGUUGAUCAAUCGUUUUCAAAUGAAACCAUGACAGGAAAUCUUAGAGGCCUUUUGUCUACCAGGAAUCCACAUAAAUUCAAUGGUCAAUUAUUGAGAGGCAAUUGCUAUGCUCGUGUAUUAAGUCGUCUUGCACAAGAUGCACUUGGACCAAUGGGGGAUGUUGUCAAAAGAAUUCGUGAAAGUGUGAAGUAUGUGAAAACCUCAGAAACACAUGAUGAGAAGUUUGCUGAGCUGAGGCACCGACUUCAAGUCCCUAGCACAAAAGAACUCGUAAUUGAUGAUCAAAGCAAGUGGAACACAACUUACCAAAUGCUGGUGGCUGCCUGUGAAUUAAAGGAAGUAUUUGCUUGCUUGGAUACCAGUGACCCUCUGUACAAGAUAAACCCAUCAAUGGAUGAUUGGAAGCAUGUGGAAAUUCUCUGUACAUACUUGAAGAUAUUGUAUGAUGCAGCUACUAUUUUAACAGGCCCAACAUAUCCACCUGCUAAUGCAUUUUACCAUGAAGUAUCCAAAGUCCAGUUAGAGCUGACACAUGCAGCCGCGAGUCAGGACCCUUUUGUCAGCAAUUUGACCAGACCUUUGAGAGAGAAGUUUGAUCAAUAUUGGAAAGAAUGCUUCCUUGUUUUGGCAAUUGCCGUAGUCAUGGAUCCCAGGUUUAAAAUGAAGCUUGUCGAGUUCAGUUUCCGUAGGAUCUUUGGUGAGGAGAAUGCUGGUGUGUGGAUCAAGAUGGUUGAUGAUGGGAUUCAUGAACUGUUUCUUGAAUAUCUUCCUCCAAGUCUAUCUGUACCAACAUCGUAUAUGGACACGCGGCAUGAAAGCAUCUCUCAUGCAGAGAUGUUUCAAGAAAUUCCACCUGAAGCAGUAGCUUCCCAGGAAGCACGCUUUGAAGAACCGCCCCUUCAAGUAGUUCACCCUGCUCAUGUAGCUCCUGAAGAAGGUAAACCUGAAGGGGCAACUUUUGAAGAACUACAGCAUGAAGAAGUGACUCCUCAAGUACAACCUAAAGAAGAACCUCUAUAUGAUAUAUCUCCUCAAGUGCUGCACCAUGAAGUUGUCCAACAAGAGAUGCACAUUCAGGAGGUGGAUAUGGGUACUCAUGAAGUGCCCGUGCAAUAUAUGGCAACUGAGGAAGCGUCCAUGCAAUAUAUGCAGAAUGAAGAAGUGCCUGUGCAAGAGAUGCAAACUGAAGAAGUGCAUGUGCAACAGAUGCAAACUGAAGAAGUACAUGUGCAACAGAUGCAAACUGAAGUACAUGUGCAAGAGACGCAAGCUGAGGAAGUGCCGGUGCAAGAGACGCAAACUGAAGAAAUGCAUGUGCGAGAGAUGCAAACUGAAGAAGUGCAUGUGCGGGAUAUGCAAACUGAGGAAGUGCCCGUGCGAGAGAUGCAAACUGAGGAAGUGCCCGUGCGAGAGAUGCAUACUGAGGAAGUGCCCGUGCGAGAGAUGCAAACUGAGGAAGUGCCCGUGCGAGAGAUGCAAACUGAGGAAGUGCCCGUGCGAGAGAUGCAAACUGAGGAAGUGCCCGUGCGAGAUAUGCAAACUGAGGAAGUGCCCGUGCGAGAGAUGCAAACGGAGGAAAUGCCCGUGCAAGAGAUGCAAACGGAGGAAGUGCCCGUGCAAGAGAUGCAAACGGAGGAAGUGCCCGUGCAAGAGAUGCAAACUGAGGAAGUGCCCGUGCAAGAGAUGCAAAUUGAGGAAGUGCCCGUGCAAGAGAUGCCCUCUCAAGAAGCGUCAGUGCAAGAGAUGCAAACUGACGAAGUGCCCGUGCAAAAGAUACCCUCUCAAGAAGCGUCAGUGCAAGAGAUGGAAUCUCAAGAAGUACCAAAGAAACAAGAGACAGAUAAAGAAGUAUCAGCAAAAGGUAUACUAACUAGAGCAGAAUCUGCUCAUGAGAUGCAGACUCAAGAAGAAUCUUCUCAUGGGAUGCCCUCUCAAGAAGCCUCAGUGCAAGAGAUGGAAUCUCAAGAAGUACCAAAGCAACAAGACACAGAUAAAGAAGUAUCAGCAAAAGAUAUACCAACUAGAGCAGAAUCUGCUCAUGAGAUGCAAACUCAAGAAGAAUCUUCUCAUGAGAUGCAAACUCAAGAAGUUCAGAUUCAAGAAAUUAAUGCUAAAGAAGAACCCACUCAAGAGAUGCAUGCUCAAGAAGUACCAACUGAAGAAAUUCUCUCUAAUGGACAGGAUGAACAGAUGCACUUGGAAGGAAGACAAAAUGGAGAGAGGCAUCCUCAGGGGGAACUGGGUGAAGAAAUUGACCCUCAAGAACAUGUUGAAGAGAUUGACCCUCAAGAACAUGGUGAAGAGAUUGACCCUCAAGAACAGAGUGAAGAGAUUGACCCUCAAGAACAGAGUGAAGAGAUUGACCCUCAAAAACAGAGUGAAGAGAUUGACCCUCAAGAGAGCGAAGAGAUUGACCCUCAAGAGAGCGAAGAGAUUGACCCUCAAGAACAGAGUGAAGAGAUCGACCCACAAGAACAGAGUGAAGAGAUCUAUCCACAAGAACAGAGUAAAGAGAUCGACUCUCAACAACACACUGAUGAGAUGCACCUACAAGAAGAGCAGAUUGAAGUGAUGCACCCACUAGAAGGGCCUACUGAAGAGAUGCACCCACAAGAAGAGCAGACUGAAGAGAUGCAACCACAAGAAGAGCAGACCGGAGAGAUGCAACCACAAGAAGAGCAGACCGGAGAGAUGCAACCACAAGAAGAGCAGACGGAAGAGAUGCACCCACAAGAAGAGCAGACUGAAGAAAUGCACCCACAAGAAGAGCAGACCGAAGAGAUGCACCCACAAGGAGAGCAGCCCGAAGAGAUGCACCCGCGAGAAGAGCAGCCCGAAGAGAUGCACCCACGAGAAAAGCAGACAGGAGAGAUGCACCCGCAAGAAGGGCAGACUGGAGAGAUGCACCCGCAAGAAGGGCAGACUGGAGAGAUGCACCCGCAAGAAGGGCAGACUGGAGAGAUGCGCCCGCAAGAAGGGCAGACUGGAGAGAUGCAUCCUCAAGAAGGGCAGACUGGAGAGAUGCACCCUCAAGAAGAGCGGACUGAAGAAAUACAGCCUCAGGAGAUGCACCCUCAAGAAGAGCAGACUGAAGAGAUGCAGCCUCGGGAGAUGCACCUUUGUGGACAGAGUCAUGAUAUGCACAAUGCGGAAGCGCUGAUCCUGGAAAUGCACCCUUCUGAAACGCAUAACCAGGUGAUGCACCAGCCUGAAGAAGAGAACCAGAUGAUGCACCACCCUGAAACAGAGAACCUGGUGCAUCACCCUGAAAUUGAGAGCCAGGUGAUGCACCCCCCUGAUGCAGAGAACCAGGUGAUGCACCACCCUGAAGAAGAGAACCGGAUGAUACACCACCCUGAAACAGAGAACCAGGUGAUGCACCCCCCUGAAGAAGAGAACCAAGUGAUGCAGACCCUUGAAGCAGAAAACCAGGUGAUGCACGCCCCUGAAGCAGAAAACCAGGUGAGGCACGCUCCUGAAGCAGAAAACCAGGCGAGGCAUCAUCCAGAACCUGAGAACCUGAUGAUGGACCCUUCUGAAGCACAGACCCAAGAGAUGCAACCUCCAGAAGCACAGGCCCAAGAGAUGCAACCUCUAGAAGCACAGAAUCAACACAUUCACUCUCAAGAAGCAGAAACUCCUGAGCUGCAACCUCAAGAAGCACAAUCUAAUGAUAUGCGCUUUCAAGAAGUACAGAUCUAUGAGGCAAACCAUCAAGAUGUUUCAAGUCAAGGCUUGCACCCUGAACAAGUGCAGUUCCAUGAGGCACGCCAUCAUGAAAUGUCUGGCCAAGAGAUGCAUUCUCAAGGAUUACAGACUCGAGAAAUGCACUAUCAGUCAUUCUCUGAAGAGAUGCAGGAUCAUGAUGUACACACGCAAGAUCUACCUCUGCUUACUAUUGGAGAUGGACUUUCAGAUUUUGAGGUAUACAUAUCUGAGAUUGCAAAUAGCCAGCAUCUUAAAUCUGAACUGGAUCAGUAUCUAGAUGAGACGCUUUUGCCUCGGGUGCAAGAUUUUGAUGUACUGGGUUGGUGGAAGCUAAACAAGCUCAAGUACCCAAUUCUGUCCAAGAUGGCUGCUGAUAUUUUGUCAAUACCGGUAUCUACUGUUGCUCCAGAAUCCGUGUUUGACACUAAAAAUAAGAAGAUAGAUAAUUACUGGAGUUCAUUGCGACCCGUGACACUUGAAGCCCUUGUUUGUGCUAAGGAUUGGCUCCAAGGCGCAUCCUCAGGAUCAUCAUUGGAGGUAUCUAAUGCACUUGUGAAAAUGGACUUUUAGCAAUUUAGGAUUUUAAUUUUAAUUUAUCCUGUUGCAUAGAUAAUUAGAUUCAGUUUACUGUUUUUGUAUCUCCUUUUUCGAUUCAGCUCUUUUAUUGACAUGCUUUUGGUCAUGAUUUUUCUUAAUAUUGCAGUAAUUGAUGCUAAUAUUUGAUUUA